AGGAAAGUACACAUGGAGUACAACUGUGGUAAGCAUACUUGAUGAUAAGACCUUUGUGGACUGUGAUCAAUGAUCAAUCAACCCAAAUCAAAAACUCCAUGGCUCACAUCUAAUGGGCGGUGAAGAUGACAAAAACAUGCGGCCAACUGGAAAUAUCCAGACCACUCUCCAAUACCAUUAACCGAAAUUUCCCCCAUAUUUGUAACCAAAAAAAAGUACCCUAUAAUGGUCAUAGCCACCUCUUCUUUCAAUUUCACUUGCAUUGCAUCCUCUACAGCUAACCUCACUUGGUUGAGAAUGGAGGAAGCCAACGGCGAUUUGCAGCAGGGGGAACUAGUCGUCGAAGCUUUCGUUACGAUCAUUGCAGUGUCGAUCGUUGCCUUCUGGUUGAUGAAGAAAGGCAACAAGACACGACAAGCAGCCCCAUUGCCACCCGGCCCACGCGGAUUACCAGUAAUCGGGUACUUGCCAUUUCUAGGCAUCCAUCUCCACAAGAGCUUCACACAGCUGGCCCGAGAUUACGGCCCAAUCUACAAGCUUUGGCUCGGACACAAACUCUACGUCGUGAUUAGCUCACCGUCGCUGGUCAAACAAGUCCGCGACCACGACGUAACUUUCGCAGAUCGAUACCCCUCCACUGCUUCCAAAAUCAUUUCCUUCGGCCGGAAUGACAUUGCUUUCUGCCCCUACGGCGCCGAGUGGAGAAAGCUGCGGAAGGUCUUCGUCCGAGAGCUAAUGAGCAGCGCCAGGCUCAAUGCUUCCUACGUGCUGAGAAAGCGGCAUGUUGAGAAGGCCAUUAAGGAUGUGUACCAGAAGAAGACGGGCAAGGCUCUGGACUUUGGGCAGUUUGCGUUUAUGCUCAUAUCGAACACUGUUCUUAGCAUGCUCUGGGGUAGCACGGCACAUGGAGAGCAAGGGGAGAUGUUGUCCUCGCAGAUCCGAGGAGUAGCAGAGGAAUCCAUGGUGCUGCAAGGGGCGCCCAACAUCUCCGACCUGAUCCCAUCACUCGCCCGGUUUGACCUGCAGGGGCUGGAGAGGAAAAUCCACGUGACAUUUCGGAGGUUGGAUCAAAUUGUGAGCUCCAUAAUCGAGGAGCGGCGGAAGCUAGGGGAAGGCAACAGCGUCGGCGAAGAGGCAAAAGACCUCUUGCAAGUACUACUAGACCUCAACAACCAUGGAGAUUAUGCUGCAGAGUCAUCAAUUACAGACAACCAAAUCAAAGGCAUUCUCGUGCAGGAUUCUAUGAUCGGCGGAACAGACACAACAUCGACCACAAUAGAGUGGACGAUGGCAGAGCUGAUGCAACAUCCAGACGCAAUGCAGAAAGUCCACAAAGAGCUUGACGAAGUAAUAGGAAGAAGCAAUGCCGUGGAGGAGUUCCAUCUCCCCAGAUUACACUACCUAGAAGCCGCUAUCAAGGAGGCAUUCCGACUGCAUCCAGCCCUGCCUCUGCUGGUGCCACGAUGCCCUACCGAGGACUGCCAAAUAGGUAGAUACACCAUUCCUAAGGGAGCCACCGUGUUCAUCAACGCUUAUGCAAUGCACAGGGAUCCACAGCUCUGGGACAGUCCUCUGGAGUUCAGACCAGAGAGGUUCCUAGACGAGAACGCAGCCAAGUUCGAUUACUUGGGGAACAGUUCUCAGUAUUUCCCAUUUGGGACUGGGAGAAGGGUCUGCCCAGGGAUUCCCAUGGCCGAGAAGAUGCUCAAUUACAUUCUAGCAUCACUGCUCCACUCAUUCGAAUGGAAGCUAGCUCAUGGGUCGACAGAGGUGGAUUUGACUGAUAAAUUCGGAAUCGUCGUCAAGUUAGAGAAGCCGUUAGUUCUCAUCCCUACACCAAGGCUAGCCAAUCCAGAGCUAUACUACAGCUACAGCUAGAACCCUAAUGAAAACAAUUUCUGAUGUUCUGUGGUUCUGUUUGUAAUAUCAUUACUGCAUAUUUAUUUACAAUCUGUGUGCCUGCAAUGGCUUCUCCAGAGUAAAUGCAAGUUCUGUUAGUGAAAUAACUAAUUGAUUCCAAUUAAUUCAACACAAUGAAAGAGAGACAGAGCUCUGGAUCCAUUCCAUCAAUGGAGUUUCCAUUCAAGGCAUCCAGAUUCGCUGAGAGAAACCCAAUGGCUAUUAUGUAUUGCAUCAGUGAGAUAUUCACAUUAGCAUGUACUUACCCUAUCGAAUUUAUUAUUAUUUGGUGUUAUCGAAUACUAAGCGAAUAUGAAGCACAUGAAUACAAGUUAUGCCUUGAAAUGAAAGACAAUUCCGAAUCAGUUUUGUCUACGAACAAGGUCAUUUUCGAAUGUUAUUCGGUAUUUGGGAU